CACUACGAGGAGGCGUCUUCACUGCUUUCUCCGAUUCCAGGUGGAGACUGACCCUUGGGCAUUCCAUCUUUCCCCGGUGUUUCUUCUCUUCAUCCCUGGGGCCUCUAUGGAGGCGGAACUACUGUGUCAGGGGUCGUGGUUUUCGGGGCAGAAGUGUCGGAUUGGCAAGAGGGCGGACUGUAGGCGGGACUUCCGGGCUGCUGUUCCGUCAGCUGCCUUCCCGGGCGUCUCCCCGCAACCUUCUUAACUUCGCUAGUCAGUGACGCGGCGCCCGGCAGGAAUCCGAAGGGAUUGGAGUCGAGGGAACGUGAGUUUCAGUUAAAAGAAGAUGGAUGCACACAGUUCAGCCAAAAUCAAUGCAAGGAAGAGAAGGAAAGAGGCACCUGGACCCAAUGGGGCAACAGAGGAAGAUGGAAUUCCUUCAAAAGUGCAACGCUAUGCAGUUGGCUUACGGCAGCCAGCUCCAUUUUCUGAUGAAAUUGAAGUUGACCUUAGUAAGCCCUAUGUCAGGGUAACUAUGGAAGAAGCCAGGAAAGGAACUCCUUGUGAGCGGCCUGUGAGAGUUUAUGCAGAUGGAAUAUUUGACUUAUUUCACUCUGGUCAUGCCCGGGCUCUGAUGCAAGCAAAGAACCUUUUCCCCAAUACAUACCUCAUCGUGGGAGUCUGCAGUGAUGAGCUAACACACAACUUCAAAGGCUUUACGGUGAUGAAUGAAAAUGAGCGCUAUGAUGCAGUGCAGCACUGCCGCUACGUGGAUGAGGUGGUGAGGAAUGCCCCCUGGACCCUGACACCCGAGUUCCUGGCAGAACACAGGAUUGAUUUUGUAGCCCAUGAUGACAUCCCUUAUUCUUCUGCUGGGAGUGAUGAUGUUUAUAAGCACAUCAAGGAAGCAGGCAUGUUUGCUCCAACACAGAGGACAGAAGGUAUCUCCACAUCAGACAUUAUCACCCGAAUUGUCCGGGACUAUGAUGUGUAUGCGAGACGGAACCUACAGAGGGGAUACACAGCAAAGGAGCUCAAUGUCAGCUUUAUCAAUGAGAAGAAAUACCACUUGCAGGAGCGAGUUGACAAGGUAAAGAAGAAAGUGAAAGACGUGGAAGAAAAGUCAAAAGAAUUUGUUCAGAAGGUAGAGGAAAAAAGCAUUGACCUCAUUCAGAAAUGGGAGGAGAAGUCCCGAGAAUUCAUUGGAAGUUUCCUGGAAAUGUUUGGUCCGGAAGGAGCGCUGAAACAUAUGCUGAAAGAGGGAAAAGGUCGGAUGCUGCAGGCCAUCAGUCCAAAGCAGAGUCCCAGCAGCAGCCCUACUCGGGAACGCUCUCCUUCCCCCUCUUUCCGAUGGCCCUUCUCUGGCAAGACUUCCCCACCUUCCUCCCCAGCAAAUCUCUCCAGGCACAAGGCUGCAGCUUAUGAUAUCAGUGAGGAUGAAGAAGACUAAUUUUUCAUCCCUCCUUUCCUGUCCCCUUCCUCUCUCUCAUCACCUGCAGAAGCUCUCUGUUGAAUUCCAAAUUGUGAUCCCAACACUAAACCUAAGAACAGCUACAAAGGAAAGAAUUGGAGCAAGAGGACCUAGAAAUGGGGCAACAGAAACAGCCUAUCCUCCAAGAGACAUCAAUCACCCACACCAAGAAGGAGGCUGACUAUAGCUUAGAAGUCUGUUCUGCAUCCACCUACCCUCCCCAAGGACUUUGUUUUACUAUUAUGUUCAUGUGAUCUUGACAGGGAAAUUGUCAUUUUUAUUUUUUUUAAAUUAGUCUUUCAAAUAUAGUAUGUAGAACUAAUUUUUUGCCCCUGAGGAGUGGGCAGAAGAAGGAAGUGGCGUAACACGCAGAGGCCUUUUUCUUCCUGAUACACUCUAGUGCUUGCCUUCUGCUCUGAAGCAAAGUGGCUUACCAAGUCAUUCAUGUGAUGAGCCAUGCUGGUGGGUGAUUUGGGGGGAAAUAUCAUAAUUUUGAUUUGCUUUAAAAAAGCUAAAACUGAGUUACAGUCACAAAUCCCCUAAAUGUACUGCUGGCACAUGUGUCAAUGGGGCUGUGGGAAGAAGAAGAUGUGAGCCUAACUUUUCUUACUCCCUGAGGAGUUACUUGUUGGACCCAAUGGGGUCCAUGAAGACACUGAUGGGGAUGGAACCAGACCACAUGGCAUCAGCUGCAGUUUUUCUGCUGUGUUCAUCUUCUCAGAAAAUUCUGUUGCCCAAUUAUUUGGGAACUUUUGUCAAUCUCUUUCCUAUAAUCUACCUUUAAAGGAAGGGACACUUUUAGGGUUACUGUUAUGAGGAGAGGAGUGGGACAAUACUCAAUCCUAUACAAAGUCAGUUUAGAUUCAUUUCCUGCUGAGAGUAAGUCCCUGGCCCUUCUAUUCCUAUUUCAGUGCUAUUACCUAGCUUUUUACAAAGGAGCAUUUGUAAAUGUCUUCAGUUUGAACUUGAUGUUAAUCUGUGUUGCUCAUAGCCAUAUUGAAUUUAGAGAGAUUUGCACAGAACCUAGAGGCAAAAGCAUAAGGAAACACCUUCCUUUCUAAAGCAACAGCCUUACCUUAACCUCUGCUCCUCUUAAGAAUGUUAACUGGAACCAGUGCCCCAUGGGGUGUUUCUUUUCCUCUGAGAGCUGCAACUGGCAGGGACUUCCCUCCACUGCUCCUCCAACAAACCACAAAGCAUGGGCUCACAUGACAAGAGUAUGGUAGGUUCCUCCCUCUUUCCCAUGUGUGCCUUGUGAUUAUGGUCCCACCUCCUCUGUUAAGUUCUCCAGGGGGAUUCAGCGCUUAAAUUUCAAAUCAAAGAAUGCAAAGUUUAACAUUUGCUGUUAAGCAUGAUCUAAUUUUUAAAUCCCAUCCUAUCUCCUCAGCUACAUGACCUAGCAGAUCUUCAACCAUCAGUAAUGCUGUAGCUGGAAUCAGAGGACAACUGCUUAUGUCCAGGCUCCACCCCCAUCACUCAUACAUACCCCUUGUAGGGGUGGAGUUUUAGUGUUUUCAUCUAAGAAAACCACAUUUUCUCUUUUCUUGCCUGUCUGCUAGGACUGUGAGCAUGUCAUAGUCCCCUUCCUAAAUACUAUCUGAUAGAACCUGCUCUUCCUCCUGACGAUGAGAGGCUGGAAUCACUGCCUGCCUGCACAGCAGAACUACCUAGGUUCUUAAAACUCAGAUUACCCAGAGAGGCAGAGCGUGGCAGAGAAGAGGGACAAAGAGGGGGAAGCCUCUUGUUGUCCUGAUGGCCAUGAAAACUGCAUGAUAACUUUUCUCAUGAAGUGCUUUACUGAUUCAUACAAGCUUUAGCUUGGAAGCCUUUCUUUGAAACAGUGGAAGUUAGUGUUUUCCCGUAUUACCGAGCUUUAUAUAGUCUCAUAUUUUAACUUUUCUGCUUCAGUCUUCCCUGUUUGGGAAUUCUGCCUAUUUCUGUUUGAUUCUCCCUGGUAUAGACAGGUGAUGAAGUCACUGGUAAAGCCCACCUACUUGUUCCCUCAAAAUGCACAUUACCCAAGUGUGUUUGGAUGGACAGGAAGAUGCUCAGAAUGCGGUUUUCCUCUGCAGUCACUCCUCCUAAAUAUAUUUUCUGGGUCCCAAAUGUUUGAGCCAUCCUCCUCUGCUUUCAGUGGGCUGCUUUUAGCAUGCUCUGCGCUUGGAGUAGGACCUCUAGGCUGACAGGGUCUGUGAGACUGCUAGAGCCAGCAUACGCACAUGUUCUUGGAAGACUCACCUCUUUUAGUGAGACUCUGCUGUUCUUGGAAGACUCACCCCUUUUAGUGAGACUCUGCUGUUCUUGGAAGACUCACCCCUUUUAGUGAGACUCUGCUGCCUCAGUAUCGCAACACUAGUACAUUUGCAAAUAAUUUUGAUGGAAAGCAAAAAUGUUUAUGGUGUGGCAUGUUAGAUACUUUGUAGUAAAUGUAUUAAUAAUCUUAGGUGCUCGACAAGGGUGAGUGGAUGGAGGAAACUUAAGAAUGUUAUGCAUUAUUUGAUCAUUUGUGCCUAAUUAAAUGAAGUUAGAGGUCUGUACACUACAACCAUGCCUAUGGUCUGUAAAACUUCAAUUAUUAAUAUUUGAGGCUAUGGAGCUGUUUCCCUGAAUCCCACACAAGAAAGCAGUCAACCUGGAUGGGCCAAAUGUGGCAGAUGUGGGAGAGCCUUAAAAGUUGCUUGUCUUUAGAGCCUCUGUCUGCAAGACAGAAGGCAACUGAAAACAGAAGCAGCCCUGCAGCUAGUACUGAGGAGGUGCCAGUGCAGCAGUUACCUUAAGGUGGGCUGGGCAGAAAGUUUGCUAUUUUCAUACUUUAGACUCAGGAGCACUGAAGAAUAGAGGCUAAAACAUUAGAGGAAUAGAAAUGGAUCACUUGAACUGCUGUAGCUGCUUCUGAUAACUAGAGCCAAAGACCAUCAUUUUGUGCAGUCUUGGGUAAGAAGGUUAGGGAUGUGAAAACGUUGAAAAUCCUGAAGAGGAGAAAAAAUGGAAGAGAGAUUGAGAAAACUUUUGACCCUUUUUGAUUGCUGAUAACUUCUUAGGCUGUACCUGAGUUACACUUACUUUACUUGUGGCCACACAGCUGGUCAGGCAUUCUCUAUAUAUUCCUGCCACAAUGGUUCGUCUCAGUGCUUUUUUACUCCCUUUCAGGAUAAUCUUGAUUUGUGGGUAUCUUAUUUUUUGGAACUCACUGCUUUUUUAAUCCUGUUCCAGAUUGCUUAUCCAAAAUCUUUCCAAAUCAAUUCUAUUUUGUUGCUUUUCUUAAUUCCCUAAAAGCCAUAGCUUCUAGAUUUUCUGUCAGCAUAUACUCUCACCAGAAGUUGAACCAAUACAGGUAAGACAAAAAAGCUCCCUUAACAAUGUUUUUAACUAAUGGUAUUUUUUUUAAGCUUAUCAAUAUAAGUAUUUUUAAAGGUUAUAUUUUUCAAAGUCAUGAUAAUGAUUGUAAUUGUUUUCUCUCAUAAGUAGAUUGUCAUGGGAUAAAGAGUGGUCCCUAGCUUCUAUUUUUCCAAAUAAAUAAGCAGAACAUGUUCUUGGGAUUAUACUAUUAAAUGUUCAUUUCCUUAAAAAGUUAGAAGAAGAUUUUCUGUCUGCCAAAGUUUUAUUAAUAUGUUAGUACUGGGAUUGGGGUAGAAAACAAAAGCACCAGGUUUAACAUUACAAUGACUCGGGUUGUGUUCCUUUAGGUUUGAAGUGGGCCUCCCCAACCUUCUUUGGAGGCACUAACUGUUUUGAACACAAAAACAUGAUUGGUUGGGUUGUUUGUAUUGAGGAUCUUAAAAAGAAAAAAAGAGUCUUGGAACGAUCUGCUGGCCUUGGCAUGAAUGUUGGCCGCAUUACCAAUGUGAGUCCACAGGGAAGUUUUCCUCAACUGGGGUUCAGUCUCUCAUUUUCCUGUCUGAGUAUUCAUUUGUUCUGGGUUAUUUUGGCUUUUGUCAUUUAGCCAAAUAAAGGCAAUGUGGUUUUA